AUGGCUCAUUCACGGAUGUGUAAUUAUAGGGUGCUGAGAUUGGUGUUGGUUUGGGGUUGUGCUUGUUUGGCUGGUGUCAUUUUGGGAGCACCAUUGUUCUGGCAUCUCAAGGAGCAUUCAGCUGCUCAAACUUCAUGCCCUUCAUGUGUUUGCGAUUGUUCUCCAAAGGCCACCAUUUCCAUGCCCUUAGGUGAGGCCUUGCUUCAAUUCCAGUUGACUGUUUAUAUUAUUAGUCUUGUUACUCUUAAAGAUUGUGAUAAACUUAAGGCCAACACAAACGAUGAGAUGGGGAAGGGCAUCAUAGAUUUACUAUCAGAGGAGCUAAGUUUACAGCAAAAUGUAAUCAAAGAUGAGUUGGAGCAUACCGAGGCAUUAAUAAUGGAUGCUAAGAAAAACUCUUUACACUACCAAAAAGAAGCAGAAAAGUGCAAUGCUGCGGUGGAAACGUGCGAAGGGGCAAGGCAGAGGGCUGAAGCAGCACUUACAGAAGAGAGUAAGCUUUUGGCAUUGUGGGAAAAACGUGCUCGCGAAUGUGGGUGGGAAGAUGACAGAAUACAGAAUAUUUAA